AUGCAAGCAGAGAAGCAGCAGCAGCCAUGGAGAAUCAACAUUUACGCAAGAUCCAAGAACUUCAAUUUCAGAUUCAAAGCGACAAGAUCAUUACCCUUUCCCUCCUGGAACUUCCAUCGACUCUCCAUUUUGUUUAGGAUCCGGAGGUACUUCAUCCUCCGAGUGAAAUCAGAGUCUCCCGAUCAACAACGACCAACUCUCAAAUCUAGACUCCUCAGAGGUUUCGAAAGGUUUCGUGCUUGUCGGGCCAAGAAACGCUCUUUUGCUGCAAAACAAACCUUAAAUCUUCAACCCCCAGAAACCAAAUCCUCCAUUAAUCAUUUGAGACGGUUAGCUCAUGAGGAACCAGUUUAUAUAGGUUCUUUAGUUGUUGGGAUUCUUGCAUUUCUGUUUCGAUCAACGUCUGUGAAAGUUAUAAGCUUUGUUAUUUUAUUAAACUUGACCAUGUUGCUGAAGAAACACGUUUGUGGAAGAAGAUCCAUGGCUGCUUUGGCUUUUCCAGUUCUUUCAACACUGGUUUUUUCAGUGGUGUUUCAUCUCAUUAGUUUCAGAGAUUAUGAGAAUGCUGGAAAUUAUAUUGCAGAAUCUGUUUGGAGGGCGUGGAAUUUUCUCUGUAAAUCUUCUAGUAACUCAUAUGGAUUACUGUAG